AUGGCGUUUCUGGAGGUGAAUAGUGGUAUGGAAUCCAGCCAUUCUUCGCCGUCUCCUCCGAAGGUUCCUUUUAUGAAACGAGUGUUUGGCAAAAAGAGCUCCAAUGGGAGCAUGACACUGUCCACCACUGGCCAGGGACUGUACCAGAAAUCGGCUUUCCAGCAAAAAUCCGGAACAACGAGUGCCGGAACUCGGUCCCAAAGUCCUCCCGAUGGCCGGCCAACGACUCAACGUACGCCGUCUACCGGCACCGCCAAUUCAUUUGUGGACGUCGACGGAAGCAGUAUCUUUGACGACGCGGAAUUUGAAAGCUCCACCGUCAUGAAUGAUACCACAGAUGAGUCGUCGGUGCUGUCGCACGAGUCCAGGUCAGCGGCUUCCAUUCCGAAAGACCAUAGUUUUCACGACCGGGUCGAGAUUCCCCACGCUGAAGUUUCCGGUGCUGAUGACCCGACGGCAUUUUUCCGGUCGCUAGCUUGGGAAGGACUCACGUAUGAAUCGUUCUUGUUCCCCUCGUAUAUGCGCUUGAGCAGUCGCAAGAGACACAUUCCGCCCAAGCUCAACAAACUCUUUUUGGCCCAGGAGCUCAACGCCGUUCCGGACAAACACACCGAUUCCGACGCCGAAAGCCCGCAAAAGUUGGCCGACGGCGCCGCUUCCAAGGCUUCGGAUACCGAUCUGGUAUCGGUCAAGGACGAUGAAAACACCCAUGCCAUAGCGUCCCAGCGCGAGAUCCUCGUCAUGGAAUGGAGCAGGGACGGGCGCUACCUCGCCACAGCAGGCAGAGACCAAAUCAUCAAGAUCUGGAAGGUGGUGUCUUCGCCGCUCGCCAAGUUAGAAAACGAGCGCAAGGUAUCUGAAAGUGUUACUCAUCGAACCAAAAGCAAGGAAAAGAUGUUUGAGAAUGCUCCUGUGUUUCACCAGAACCCGGUAAUGGAGUUUCGGGGCCACUCAAACACCAUCUUGUCUCUCGAUUGGAGCAAAAAUAACUUUCUCAUUUCUGGAGGCAUGGACAGAACCGCUCGUCUCUGGCAUGUGGACCGUUCAGAGUGUCUCCAGACGUUCAAACACAGCGACUUUGUAACCACCGUCAACUUUCAUCCCAACGACGACCGGUUUUUCCUUUCUGGCUCGCUAGACAAUCGUGUUCGACUUUGGUCCAUUCUCGAAAACAGUGUAGCGUACAACAAUGAUUUGGGUAACGACAUUCUCAUCACAGCUACGUGCUUCACCCCAGAUGGCGAGCAUUGCAUGGUGGGCAGUUUCAGUGGCAUGUUGUCGGUGCUCGAAACAAAGGGCCUUCAUCUUGUCACAAAGUUCCAUGUCAAGAAACGGUCGAUAUCGAGUGCUUUUCAAAACUCAAACGACAAUAAAGUUACUGGCAUAAAGGUUUUCGAAAACAGAGAUUACCAGCCUCUGGUUCAAAAUGAUUCCCCAUUCGCUCGUUGGAAUGUCUUGAUUACCACCAACGACUCGAAAAUCCGUCUCGUUGAUUCUCACCUGAAAAAGCUCGUUACUCGCUUCAAGGGCUUGACGAACCACAGCUCUUCGAUAGUGGCGUCUAUUACUGAGGACCAAAAUUAUAUCAUCGCUGGUUCCGAAGACCAUUGGUGUUACAUUUGGGAAAAUAAUAACUCCACCAUCAAUAACAAGCUCCGCUCGGCAAUGCGAGAGAUUCUUCACGAUGGUGUUUCCCAGGUGCACGAAUGGGAACAAAAACACAAGAAGUAUACGCAUUUGUUGCACGAUAACAGACUCGUACGGAAACUAAACAUGCAUAAAGAUCCGGACGAAGAGCCCAGCCAUGAUUAUCUCUCUAACGAAAACAACAGCUAUAUAUCUUUCCAUGCUCACCACUCAAACGUCAAUGUUGCAAAAUUUGCGCCUGAAAGUUCCAAGGUGCUUCUUGACAUGUCCGAUGAUGUUAUCUACGACUUGGUGAAACGUGGAAACCGCUGUGGAAUAUCGAAUGAGCUGGCAAAAUCGAAACACAGAGAUUACUCACCGGAAGCAGUACCACUGACUACGCCCGACUUGGGCCACAUAAUUGUCACAACAGAUCAAUGUGGUCUUAUUCGUGUAUUUCGCCAGGACAGCGCUUAUGCGGUAAGAAAAGAACUCACUAAUCGGUACCGCCGAGCUGUUGCGCGAGGUACUUGUGAGGUCAAUGAUAAGCAAGUUUGCGGCCAUAGAUCAAGAAAAGAUCAGUCUCUUCGAUUAAAAAAGAAACUACUGAAGAAUCGUGCGCUCAGUCCUGCUCGUGAUGUGCCCUCGAUCAAGGACAUUCUUGGUCGUGGCCACAGAGGAAGCGCCGGUGGAGAUUUGUCGCCUCGUACUUCAUCUUAUUCGAUGAUGCGUCCUCAGCGUCCAUCUCUGCCAGUCUCAUCUGAUCUCAAGGUUCCCGUCUCACGAAGAAAUCACCUGAGUUCUGUGUCGGAACAUCCUGCUUUUAACUUUGACGGAGUCGAUAUUCCGCUAAUCCACGAUGCAGAGUCAGUCGAUGAUACUCCCAGAAAUUCAAUCAAUGAGCUCAAAGAACAGAAAACGAUCUUGAGCAGUGAUAAACAGAGGUCGAAGGUUUGA